GAGAUUCCAGAGAUUUCACUAGCUGCGCUUGACUGCGACGUAGACGCACUGCGCGAGCUCUUAUCGAGGGGCGUCGCCGUCGAUUAUACGGAACCCUACCCAAACCUUACGCCUCUACAGCUGGUGUGUCGCGGGGAAGCUGACAAAGUUGUUCCGCUCGAGGACCGGGUCGCCUGUGUCAGAUUGUUGCUCGCGCGCGGGGCUUCGCUGGAGGCGGGGGUUCCGGGAAACCCGGGCUCUGACUCUUCUGCGAAUUUGACACCGCUCAUGUACGCAGCUUUGCGAGGCAAUCCGGAAGUUGCCAAAAUUUUACUAUCUGCCGGCGCCGACGCUAAUGCGUUAAUCCCGAUUGAAAAUCCAGAUGAUGAGCGCACCUGGUCGGCAUUGGUCAUGGCCGUGUUUGUUGAUCAAAGAUAUGCAAGUGGGUCCUAUGCCAUCAUCGAAAUGCUUCUCAAGGCGGGCGCGGACGCGAACCCGCCAAAAUGGGGUAGAAAGACCGUCAUGCAGAUGGCAAUCAACUAUAAUCGACGCCGCAUCUGGCCGCUAUUACUGCGGGCAGGCUCGAUUCUGCCAAUUCACCCCUAUGGUGAGAAUAGUUAUUACGACGAGACUCACCGGACAGACCCCUACUUGCUGAAAAUAGAUGCAGCGGGCGGCUUCAAGGCGUACGAGAAAGCGCACCUCACGCAGCUCCUGGCGAUAUUCGCACCAAAGUUCACGCAUCUCGUUCCGCCGGAGCUCGUGGCGCGCUUCCUCGAGUUCUCGUUUCACGUAGGCUUCUACUAA